UUGAAAAUCCACAGCUCUGUUGUACAGUUUGUUGUGAUGGCAGAAACAGUCGAGGUGAUCACAGUUUGAAAAAGAAGCAACAUCUGGGUCUGCAAGAAGUGUUCAUCUGAGAACUGCCUUAGCCAUGGCCACAGGAGGGAAGGGCAGCCAUUCCAGCAGUGCUCUCUACACUAACCGUCUGGUUCAUGAGAAAUCGCCCUAUCUCCUUCAACAUGCCCAUAACCCUGUUGACUGGUACCCUUGGGGCCAGGAAGCCUUUGACAGAGCAAAAAGGGAGGACAAGUUGAUAUUUCUGUCAGUUGGCUAUUCAACCUGCCAUUGGUGCCAUGUGAUGGAGCAGGAAUCCUUCCAGAAUGAAGAAAUUGCCAGAAUUUUGAAUGACAACUUCGUGUGCAUCAAGGUGGAUCGUGAGGAACGCCCAGAUGUUGAUAAAGUCUACAUGACCUUUGUACAGGCCACCAGCAGUGGAGGGGGCUGGCCAAUGAGCGUAUGGUUGACUCCUGAACUCAAACCAUUUGUAGGUGGGACCUAUUUCCCUCCCGAGGACAGAAUUUACCAGAUUGGCUUUCGGACUGUUCUGCUGCGCAUCCUAGACCAGUGGAAACGGAACAAGACAAGCCUUUUGGAAAACAGCCAGAAGAUCUUGUCUGCACUGUUAGCCAGGACUGAUGUUGGUGUUCGAGGAGAGGAACCACCCCCGUCUUCCAAGGAGGUGAUGACCAGGUGUUUCCAGCAACUGUCAGAGUCUUAUGAUGAAGAAUAUGGUGGAUUCUCAGAAUCGCCCAAGUUUCCUACUCCAGUCAACUUGAAUUUCCUCUUCUCCCACUGGGCUCUUCAUCGGUCAACUCCUGAAGGAGCUCAGGCACUUCAGAUGGCACUGCACACCCUCAAGAUGAUGGCCUAUGGGGGGAUUCAUGAUCAUAUUGCCCAGGGGUUCCAUCGCUACUCCACGGAUCAACGCUGGCAUGUCCCUCAUUUCGAAAAGAUGCUGUACGACCAGGGGCAGCUGGCAGCAGCUUAUGCCAAGGCAUUCCAGAUUUCUGGUGAUGAAUUCUUUGCAGACACCCUGGCAGAUAUUCUGCUGUAUGUUUCCCGGGAUCUGAGCGAUAAGUCUGGGGGAUUCUACAGCGCAGAGGAUGCAGAUUCCUACCCCACCGUCCAGUCAGAAGAGAAGCAGGAAGGGGCGUUCUGUGUAUGGACCGCUGAGGAGAUCCGUCAACUCUUGCCUGACCCCAUUGAAGGGAACCCGGAAAGGAAGACCUUAGCGGAUGUCUUCAUCCAUCACUACGGGGUGAAGGAAGAUGGCAAUGUGAAUCCGAUGAAGGACCCUCACAAUGAGCUAAAAGGGAAAAAUGUCCUCAUUGUGCAAUAUUCCUUGGAACUUACAGCCGCCCGGUUUGGAUUGGAGCUGCAGCAGCUGAAGACGAUGCUGGUUAAAAGCCGGGAGGCGCUCUUGAAGGCACGGGCCCUGCGGCCCCGACCCCACCUGGAUACCAAGAUGCUGGCAGCUUGGAAUGGCUUGAUGAUCUCUGGCUUUGCUCAGAGCGGAGCCAUCCUGGGCAAGAAAGAAUACACGGACCGGGCUGUGCAGGCAGCUUCCUUCUUGCAGGACCACAUGUUUAACAGCAACGACGGAAAGCUGAUCCGAACCUGCUAUCGGGGCCAGGGCAACUCCGUGGACAAGGGCUCCGUUCCCAUCCACGGAUUCCUAGAGGACUACGUCUUUGUCAUUCAAGCCCUCUUUGACCUUUACGAGGCCUCGCUGGAUCCAAGGUGGCUGGAAUGGGCUGUGCAGCUUCAGCACAAGCAGGAUGAGCUCUUCUGGGACCCGAAGGGCUUCGCCUAUUUUUCUACGGAGGCUGCCGACCCUUCCUUGCUCCUCCGCAUGAAGGAUGACCAAGAUGGCGCAGAGCCCAGUCCAAACUCUGUGGCUGUCACUAACCUGCUACGUGCAGCCUGCUACACUGGCCACAAGGAAUGGGUGAAGAAAGCCGGGCAGAUCCUGGCUGCCUUCUCAGAGAGAUUGCUAAAAAUCCCUGUUGUCCUCCCAGAGAUGGCUCGAGCCACAGCAGCUUUCCACCUGACCCUUAAACAGGUUGUUGUCUGUGGCAAUCCAGCAGAAGACGACACCAGAGAGCUGCUGCACUGUUAUUAUUCUACCUACGCUCCAAACCGGGUGCUGAUUCUUGCUGAUGGAGAUACAGCAGGGUUCCUGUACCAGCAGCUUGACUUCUUGUCCUCACUGGAGAAGAAAGAGGGGAAAGCCACUGCUUACCUCUGUGAGAACUUUGCCUGCUCCUUGCCUGUCACCUCCAGCCAGGAGCUGCGCCGCAUGUUGCUUUCCUGAGGAGUUAGCGACCUUCCUCCUCUGUGGCCCUGGAGUUCAGUGGAUGUGUGAAGAGAGAGCCUCAGAUUUAACAAGACAAUACUUAGUGGCUUGGCCUUCCCAAUAAAGUUGCCUUUAGACUAGCCUGCUUGUAGGUCUUUCAGCUUUCCUGUUUCUGUCACAAAAUCAUCUUCUUUCCCAUCUCUCCUCUUAAGAAGAUGCCUGUUUAGUGGGCCUCAGAUUUACCAUCGGGGGCAAAGGAUGUUACCUUAUGGGAACAGAUGUGAGUUUGAGUCUCACUUUCAAGGCCCUGAGCGGUGAAAUCUUUGGUACUGUGGGUUAAACAGAGGUGGGCAAGCUAUGAGGUUCUGGAGGCCAUAUAUUCUAGAGGCUUGCAGGAGGAGAAGUCACUGUCCUUUUUUAUUUGAAGAAAGUGGGAGGGCUGUUUUUUGUUUUUUUUGUUUGGUUUGGGAUGAUUGAGCAUUGUUGUUUUUUAGGAAACAGUCCCCCCCCCUUUGACCAGAGAGGGCAUCACGACCAAGACCCCCAAAAAUGGCCUUUGAGACACAUGGUGACCAACCUACCCUGCAGAAAACAUUUUUCUCAGCUCUGAUUGAACAGCACCAUGGUUUCUAUAGGACCUCAAGGUUUUCUGUAACCCUCAGUGAGAUUAUUUUUCUUACUUUUUACAGGAAUUAUAUAUUUUCAACCCACUACCUCAAGCCUCCAGACUUUUCAGCUGACUAAGUCAAGGGCAAUUCUGUUUCUUCCUAAAUCUCCUCUACGAUUAAAUAAUGUUCCAAUCCUGCUUGGCUCUUCUGCGAUGUUUCAGGGGCAAGAACUGUCCUUUUCCCUAAAAGAGUAACAGUCUCAGUUCCUCUGAUGAUCUUAAGCAGUGUCCUCUACAUGUCCCUCACUGGCCAUGGAGGGCAUAAUGUUGGGGAAAGCUGAAACAGUUCUGCAUUUAUUGCCUGCCCAUCUUUGUAUUAGUGGUAUUUUUAUGUUGGUAUGUAAGUGGCUUUUAACUAGAAUGGCUAAAAUAGAAUCUUCAUAUUCCUUCAUCCAC